GCUCUGGAUGACGGUAUCUUUGUGUUCUUUGCGGUGGAGAUGCUGGUGAAGAUGGUGGCUCUGGGUGUUCUAGGUCAGAAGGGUUACCUUGGCGACACCUGGAACAGACUGGACUUCUUCAUCGUUAUCAUCGGGAUGUUGGAGUAUUCUCUAGACGGACACAACGUCAGCCUAUCAGCCAUCAGGACUGUCAGGGUGCUCCGCCCACUACGAGCCAUCAACAGAGUACCCAGUAUGCGUAUCCUGGUGACUCUGCUCCUAGACACUCUCCCCAUGCUGGGGAACGUUCUGGCACUCUGUUUCUUCGUCUUCUUCAUCUUCGGCAUCGUGGGCGUGCAGCUGUGGGCGGGGCUACUGAGGAACAGGUGCUUCAUGGGAGAAGACUUCAAAACGAUAUACAACGUCUCCUUCCUGACUGUGUACUAUCGUCCCGAGGAGACGGAGGACAUCCCUUUUAUCUGCUCAACCAAUCGGGAGAACGGAAUGCUGCGGUGUUCCGACGUUCCGCGCCGCCGAGUGGAAGGGUCCUGGUGCAUGCUGGGGGCAGAAGGGGUAGGGGAGGGGCCUGGGGCAGAUGGACCAAUAGGAGGCGGGUGUGUGAACUGGUACCAGUAUUAUAAUGUCUGUCGGGCUGGGGAGCGAAACCCCCAUAAAGGAGCCAUCAACUUUGACAACAUCGGAUACGCCUGGAUCGCUAUCUUUCAGGUGAUAACUCUGGAAGGCUGGGUGGACAUCAUGUACUAUGUAAUGGAUGCUCACUCCUUCUACAACUUCAUCUACUUUAUAUUCCUCAUCAUCGUGGGCUCGUUCUUCAUGCUGAACCUGUGCCUGGUCGUCAUAGCGACCCAGUUCUCAGAGACAAAGCAACGCGAGAACGCCCUGAUGAGGUCGGAGCAGCGUGCCCGUUACCUCAGCAACGCCUCCACUCUGGCUUCCUAUCAGGAGCCGGGGUCCUGCUACGAGGAGAUACUGCGCUACAUCGGACACCUGUACCGUAAACUGACCCGCAGAGUCGCCCGGGCCGUCACACACUGCUCUACGCACACACCUCGCUGUACUUGUUGGACACACACACACCAACACACACCCAAAGGAGAGGUGAACGGAAUGGCCAAUCGGCAUUCGGGACACACCCAUGGCGUCUUCCACCUUCGUCCUCCUCCUCUUCCUCGUCCGCCUAACUGCGUGGGGGUGGAGAUGAGUAACGGGGGAGUAGGGAGGAAGGGCAGGGAGUUAAACUACCCCUCUAUCUACCCCCACGACCUUUACGACCUGACCCCCGACCCCAGCUACAUGACCUCCAGGGGGAGGGGCCACACCGUCACACUGGUGUUAGAGCCCAAUAAGAAGGCAGAGCACAGGGAGUCGUUGCCGUGCCCCUACUGCGUCCACGACGACCAGCUUUGUGACAACGACCGCGCCGAUUUUGAACCUAGCGACCGGCGCCAUGGCAACCUGAGCCCUCGCCGCGGUAACAGCCUUCGGCGUGUAGAUGGACAGGCCUUGAGGCCAAUCAGAGUCCUAGUUGGGUGGUGGGCGGAGCUACAGGCCAGGUUGGAGCAUGUGGUGAGCAGUAGAUACUUCAACAGAGGGAUCAUGAUCUCCAUCCUCAUCAACACUCUCAGUAUGGGGAUAGAGUUCCACCAACAGGUACAGGGGAGCAGAGGAGAGGGAGGGGGGAGGGGGGAACCGGAAUCCUCAUCACCUACUGACCCUACUGACGAUAGAAUUACAACUAGUCUAGAACCGGAAUCCUCAUCACCUACUGACCCUACUGACGAUAGAAUUACAACUAGUCUAGAACCGGAAUCCUCAUCACCUACUGACCCUACUCCCCAGGAGCUGACUGACAUCCUAGAGAUCAGUAAUCUAGUGUUCACCAGUCUCUUCAGUCUGGAGAUGCUGCUGAAGCUGCUGGCCUUCGGACUCUUCGGCUAUAUCAAGAACCCGUACAACGGCUUUGACAGCGUCAUCGUCAUCAUCAGGUUUGUGUCCAUUAUUAUUAUUAUUAUUAUAUUAUUAUUAUUAUUAUAUAUUAUUAUUAUUAUA